AUGACAGAAACCGUUUCUCAUGGCCGUGGAGGACAAGGGAAUAUUGGCCCCGAUCAAACAGAAUAUACUGACGGGGCUAUCCGCCGCGCUGGAGACCCGGCUGCUUCUGGCGCUGCGUAUUCUGGGGGAAGAGGUGGAGCUGGAAAUAUAGGAUCCCCCCGCCAGGAAGCUGUGGCUACUGGUCGUGACGACGAUAUUAUUCCUGAUGCGGCAAGAUUAAGUGUUAAUCCCGAAGAAGCGCAUCACACUGGGAGGGGUGGCGAGGGGAAUGUUAUAACGCCUAAGACUAAGGCAAAUCCCCACGAAGGUCUUGCGGAGAAGCUUAAGAGGAUGCUCUUAAGCUUCGGAAGGAAGCGAUCGACUUAG